GGCAGCUCGGCGACAGACAGACGUCAUGUGGUGUCGAGGUUUCCUGCAGCAGGCGCUGAGAUACAUGUCGACCAGCCGACAGGCGGGCAUCCUCUUCGAUGUGGAUGGCGUCCUGCUCCGCGGCGGCUCGGUGAUCCCGGCCGCUCAACGAGCUUUCCGGAAGCUUCUGGACCAAAACAACAACUUCCUGUUUCCUGUCGUCUUUGUCACCAACGCAGGAAGCUGUCAGAGACAUCACAAGGCCCAGCAGCUGUCUCACCUGCUGAAUGUCCAGAUCUCCCCAGAGCAGGUGGUUCUUUCCCACAGUCCUUUGCAAAUGUUAAAGAGUUUCCAUGAUAAAUGUGUCCUGGUGUCAGGACAAGGGCCGGUGACUGACAUUGCCAACACUUUGGGUUUUCAGAAGGUGGUGAGCAUCGAGCAGCUCAGAGAACAUCACCCCCUGCUGGACAUGGUGGACCACAACAGGAGACCCAAACUAUCUUCGUCUCCUCUGCAGAUUCUCCCCAAAAUAGAAGCAAUCAUCCUGUUUGGGGAGCCAAUCAGAUGGGAGACCAACCUGCAGCUGUUGAUUGACGUGCUCCUGACCAAUGGGAGUCCUGGUUGUGAGUACGACGCUCACCUGUCGGCUCAGCUGCCAGUUCUGGCCUGUAACAUGGACCUGAUGUGGAUGGCUGAGGCCCCGUCUCCACGGUUUGGUCAUGGGAUGUUCCUGCUGUGUCUGGAGUCCGUCUACAGGAAGCUGACGGGUCGGGAGCUGCAGUACCAGGCGCUGCUGGGAAAACCCAGUCUGCUCACGUACCAGUACGCUGAGCAUCUGCUGAGGCGGCAGAACCACAACCGUAAACUAACCACCGUUUAUGCCGUCGGCGACAACCUGAUGACGGACAUCUAUGGUGCAAACUUGUACAACCGUUACCUGGCUCAGCAGCACGCUGCCAUGCCAACCAGCACCAGGUUCGUUGCCCAGGGAACAGGGAGUCAGCUGACGAUGGCAGUCCCAGAGGAGGAGCUGGUGUCUGCUGCCGCCCAGUGUCGCUCCAUACUGGUGUGCACAGGUGUCUAUAACCCUCGCUUCCCGUUGCCAAGCGACUGGAGCAGCGGGAUCACGGAAAAAGUGUUCCAUGGUCACAGAGACCUGAUCCUGGAGCCAGACCUGCUGGAGCCAAGCCACGUGGUGGAGGACGUGGAAGCUGCUGUCGAUCUGCUUCUGCAGCAUGAGGGCUCCAUCACACCUGAGCUCUGACACAUCAUCAGCUUUGUUCAGUCACAUCAGGUUCAGUCCAGAUGACCCGAAGGGGUCUACAGCCAGUCACAGUCUGGUACAGUCAGGUAUGGUCAGGUGCAGUCAGUCAGGUGAGCUGCUGAUGUCAGUAAGAACGUUGCUGCCCCAGUUACAAACUGUUCCAUCUCUGAGAGUCUGGACUCCUGCGUGAGUCGGACUGAGGCGUACUCUCCUCUGAGAAAGGCCUCCAGUCCUGGAUGAUCCUCCUGAGACCUGGUCCCAGCUCACAGGUUCAGCAGAGUAUUAAAACACCUGCGAAGACCUGAACAUGGAGCUGGGUUUAAGCUGUGACCUCUGACCUCAGGCAUGUUGCUCAGUAUUUCAAGCUGAUUUUUAUUUUUUUACACAAAAAAAAGUUUAACCCUUCGACUUCUGUGACCACAAAGAACCUGACUCAUCAGAAACUAAUCAAUAAUCAAUAAAUAACAGUGAUCCGCUGGUGCUCUGAACAUCUGAUUCACAUCUAACACUGUGUGAUGUUAUGAUUUGAUUAGAGAAC